UUGAAGGUCUAGAAUUGCAAACAGUUGCUUUUAGUUUGAAACAAAUUAAAACUGCCACUAACAACUUUGAUGCUGCAAACAAGAUCGGAGAAGGUGGUUUUGGUUCCGUUUACAAGGGUCAACUAUAUGAUGGUACCAUAAUCGCUGUGAAGCAGCUCUCAUCUAGAUCAACGCAAGGAAAUCGUGAAUUUUUGAACGAGAUUGGCAUGAUUUCAUGUUUACAACACCCGAAUCUCGUCAAAUUGUAUGGAUGCUGUAUUGAAGGAAAUCAGUUGCUGGUAGUGUACGAGUACAUGGAAAAUAAUAGCCUUGCUCAUGUUUUAUUCAAUGAAAACCAAUUAAUGCUUGAUUGGCCAACAAGGUUCAAGAUCUGUAUUGGAGUUGCUCGAGGAUUAGCUUUUCUUCAUGAUGAAUCAGGACUUAGAAUAGUUCACCGAGACAUUAAAGCCACUAAUGUAUUGCUAGAUAGAGAUCUAAACCCGAAAAUAUCGGAUUUUGGAUUGGCUAGGCUUAACGAAGACGAGAACUCCCAUAUUAGCACUAAAGUUGCUGGAACAAUAGGAUAUAUGGCACCUGAAUAUGCACUAUGGGGUUAUCUGACUGAUAAAGUGGACGUUUAUGGCUUUGGAGUUAUGGCUUUGGAAAUUGUUAGUGGCAAAAGCAACAGUAAGCCAAGGGACAAUUUCAUUGGCCUUUUGGAUUGGACUUCUCACUUGCAAGAAAGCAAAAAUAUAGACAAACUUGUAGAUCUGAGGUUGGGUUCUCGAGUGAACAAAGAUGAAGUAGAAAGAAUGGUGAAAAUAGCACUCCUGUGUACCAACGUAACGCCAUCCAUCAGGCCAACAAUGUCCGAGGUAGUUCAAAUGCUUGAAGGAAAAAUGGCAAUUCCAGAUGUUAUCUGGGAAGGAAGUACGUAUACAGAUGAUAUGAGGUUUAAAGCCAUGAAAGACUUCCACCGGCAGAUGCAAAAUGGAAGUUGUAGUGGAAGCCAAACUCAAAAUUCAGUAACAAUACAAACAGAUGGAGGUUUUUCUUCAUCUACCGCCUAUCCUCCUAAAUCACCAGAGAUACGAUGUCUUAUUGAGUAGUGACAUUAUUUUGGUUGCAACAUGUGUUUGAUGGAAUCAGAAUCACGUAAAUUUGUAAUUUAUGUUGAAAAUCUUCGAGUAUGUAUUGCGGUAAUUUACAAAACGAAAUAGUGAAUAAAUAUUCGGGCAGAAUUUCGACUUACAAAAUUAGCGUAAUAAAUCAGAAU